AGUGUGCGCGCUCUGCUCGUUCACAGACAGGCGCACCGCUGCUGACAGACACUUCUGCGCUUCCAGAAGGGCAAGAGACGGACAGAAAACACCGGCACUAAUGAGCUGGGGACUACUGUGAGACUUUACAGAUUUUUGGUAUCCUUCUCGCACUUCUUAGACUGUUUGCGAGGAAGUCAUCACGUCCGUUUGUGGAUUUUACCUUUUUUUUUUCUUUCUUUCUGAGACCAUGAACUAAAGUGUUAUGCGCUGAACCCUUUAUUCACGGAGUUUUAACCGGCGGGAUUUCUAAAUUCAAAGGCAUCUAUUGGGACACCAGGACUCCAUCUGUGGCUCUGAAAUGGGACUUUAGGUUUAUACCUCUCGUGUUGUGGUUCCUGGAGUGAAUUCGCUGGUUUAAAACAUUUACGCUCUUCCAGAAAUGGUGGGGCAUUUACAUCUGCAAGCUAUGGAUGAGAGUUUGAAAGGAAAGAACCGAGAGGGACUGCUUGAUAGUCCGGAUUCAGGACUCCCUCCAAGCCCCAGUCCACCCUUCUACUCUCUGUCAACGGGGAUCCUCGAGUCACGCGCCAGCAGCUGCUCAACCCCAAAUGAGCUGCAAGGAUACUGCAGAAAGGAGACCCGGGAAGGCAAACUGCUGCCAUAUUUGCUCCUGAACUCUCCAGGUCCAGAUGUGAAGUCACGCAUGUACCCUGUGGUCUAUGGAGAGAGCAUUGAGGUUAACCCCAAACCAGAAAAAGAGAUCAAGUUCAACUCUGCAGUGAAGUACGCUUCAGACAGACACUUCCGUGACCAGGUGUUCUGCGCCCAGGUCCCGACCGCCACAUCCUUCAGCGAGACGGUGGUGUCCGUUCAUAACUGCACGUGGCGCAGCUACAAGUCAGAGGUUCACUUUGAGCCACGGCACAGGCCGCUACACUUCCAAAGCACGACCAUCGUGUUCCCCAAGCACACCCGGAAUACCUACCGCACCACGCUGAACUACAAUGGCAACAGAAACGCAGCUGGGCACCGGCGGUUUGUGUCCACAGUCAGGCUGGAGUCCACAGAGGACGCCAGUCCAUGCAUCAUUUACACAGAAGACCUCUGAGAUGUGUUACCCUUCCCAAAAUUCAACUCUCUUUUGUUAAAGAGCUGUAGUCAGAGUACAUGGACUAAAAACCUGAUUCAAAUGCAUGGCAAGAGACUUUAAAGAAAGAAAACGAAAAGUCAGUGAUGGUCAUUUUGUUCUUUUGCUUCCAGUGACACUGGUACUUGAUAGUGGGGAUGAGCUGGAGUUAAGUGUGUGUGUGUGUAUGUGUCAGUGAUGUAUUUAUGUACAUCUAGAGAUUUCUUCUUUUCAUUUUAAUAUCCAGUCGUAGCAGUCAGGUGGAGUGAAAAGCAUUUGGUUUGCUGAUUCACAGGUCCACUGAAAGAUCCACAGAUUUACACAGAACACAAAAGAACAUCAGUUAAAAAUUCCAAAAAUUAAAUCACAAUAUUUUUUAAUCAGUCAUUAUGUGUCUGGUACUAAGAUUUAGCUUGGUUUCAUUUUGGUGCCUCACAUUGUAUUUUAUUUUAUUAUCAUUAUUAUUUAUGCAAUUUUCCAUUUUAAUUAUUCCAUAAAAUUAUGCCAAUAUUCCCCCUAAAAAUGUUAAAACAUGCAAAGUCCAUGUGGGCCUACUUUAUCGUCUUAGUAUUGCUGAUUCUUACAAAUUGCUCUAACAGGAAAUGGUUCAUAAUUAAAACAAAAUGCAACGACUAUAAGCACAUUAUAUGUGGAUGAGAGCACAAAGUCUGUAGACCUUAGUCAGGUUAGAUGCUGUAUUGAAUUUAACACAGAUGUGUUAAAUUAAAUGUAUUAACCAUGACUAAGGUCUACUGGCAUUCAUUUGGAGAUUAUUAGAACAGGCUGAGAAAAUAGAAACUAUAUUUAAGUUGCACUUAUUGAAAGUUGUUUUUUGUUGGCUGUAAAUGUGUUGGUAUGACUAAGGGCAAAUUAACGUGUAGGAGCACUUGAAAGGUUGGACCAAAGAUUCUGUAAAAUUCAGAGAAAGGGAAAUGCAACCUUAAAUAUUUCCUCCCUUUCUGUUUGUAGCUCAGAAAACGUGGAAUCAUUUCUUGCACAAGAGUUUCAGAAGUCGUCCGACGUGGUGAUAUUUCAGUGGCCAAAAUAAGAGCUGCACUCAGAGAACGACAGGAAACAGAAGAGCUUAAUGGAAGGUUGUAUUUGAAAUGACUGGACUGAGCAUGUGUUAGAUGGGAGGAUUCAGCAUAUUCUGAUCGAAAUGCCAAAUGCUGGAUUUGUGAGACAGGUCUUAUCUCUAAAUAGAGACAAAGUUCUUUGGCCUCCUGAGAACCAUACGGUUUUCUGGUUUACUUUGCGAUUGCACGGUUAGAUAACAUUUGGUUUCAAAAUUUCUGGCAUUGUUGGAGCCAGUUAGUCUCAGCCAAAAUCUAGAUUACCAAUCUGAGCUCCUGUCUCCUCCAGCGACUGCAUUUCCUCUUUCAUGUAUUACAAACUCUUUUGUGGAGCAGAGCUGUUGUUGUUAAGGGAGGCGAUGAGAUGUAACGGAGCAAUGCGCUGAGAGAGAUCAGUAAAGCAUUGUGGAGGUGUAAGUACGUCAUGUCUGCCUUAUGUCUGGACUAUACACUUUCAAAUCUGUAAAAGCUGAAGAGGAUUUUGUAAAUUUAGAUUUUUUUUUAUUUUUAUUCUGAUUUUAUAAAAUAGAGAUCUCCUAAAAAUAGUGUAUUGUAAGAAAAACAAGCACAAGUAUGUUUCUGUCUGGUAAGUGGAUGUGUUUUGAGAGGAAAAGCUUGACAGUACAAAUCAAAAGAGUUUAGUUCAGCUAAUGUAUCACAGGAAACUAGUGCAUGUAUAUUCAAUGACACUGACACAAAUCAAACCAACAAAAAAAUCAUCAAGGGUUAAUAAGAUGAAAUUACAGGAAGGCACAACUGAUAAAUCACUUCCUGUUCACUCAGGAUUGGCAUUUGAUAAGUUGAUAGAGGAAUUUUAGUAAUGUGUUGAAAGCAGAUCUAAGGGGAGAUGUUUUUUUUUUCAUAAUUUUAUGAUUACAUUUAUUUGGUGUACAAAAUGCUUUCUGCCAACAGAUGGAUUUUUGUUUGAUUUCCUAACACGAUGAUUUGUGUUUCUGUACAAUACUUUCCUGUUGUAUAUGUGGCGCACAGCACUCGUAAUUCUCUUUAUAUUUUUGUAUAAUUCCCAACUUAUUGGUUUUCUUUUGGACAACAGAUGAGAAAAUAAUUUAAGAAAAAAAAAAAAUUGUAUAUCCAAACUGAUGAAAUAAAAGAUCCAAACCCU